GUGUUUUACGUCAUCGAGAGCGUUAUACACGGAACAAGCAUGGAGGACAAGAGUACAGCGACAUCAAAACAUCUCACGGUUGCUCAAAAACAGCUCAUCAAAAGACAGAUGGAGCUCGAACAUUGGACGAAACACUCAAAGCAACUGCGAAAUCGUAAUGUGUUCACCGGACUUGCCAUUGGGGCUUUUGUGGUGGGUUUGUUCAGCUACACCAUUCUCUCAGUGAAGCAGGAGAGGAUCAUGGAUGAAAUUGAUGAUGAGGCAAAGAUCUUCAUCACGAAAGGGCCCCGGACAGGGGCCAACUCAUAGACCCUUAUCUGUGUCAAUUUCAAGGGUUGAUGUUGGCGGCAGGUCCCCUGAUUAUUACGUUUUGUCUCCUGUCCAGUUCUCCUUUUUAUUUAUCUGUUAUAUCCAGUAUCUUUAUAUAAACAAUUUGUAAGCAAAAUCAAAUUACAAAUGGCGAUCUGUCAUUAAGAGACAUUUUGAUUUAUUAAGGAACAGUGGCAUUGAUAAUAUUAAUAAUAAAUAGCAAUCCGUAUGA